AGGACAUAUUUUGCAAGAUGUACUGUGGCUUUUGCCUCCAUAACUUCUGGUCUACCCUGGGAUCCAGGACAACUUGUAGGUACAGUAUGUCUAGUGUGUAGGAGUGAACCUUCCAGCCUGGGUCCACAGACUUAUGUUAGCAGGGCUUGUGCUAGCACUUUAAAAAUAGCUGUAUAGAAGGCUCUUUGAAGUUGUGGCUUGGGCUGAGCUUGGGCUCUGAAGCCCACCCCAUUCCCUAGGCUUCAGAGCCUGUUGUGUUGGAGGGUAUACUUAACUGUUAAAAUGCCUGAGCCAGCAAAAUCUGCUCCUGCUCCCAAGAAGGGGUCUAAGAAGGCUGUGACCAAGACCCAGAAGAAGGGAGAUAAAUGCAGAAAAACUAGGAAGGAAAGUUAUUCAAUUUACAUGUACAAAGUGUUGAAGCAAGCUCAUCCAGACACGGGCAUUUCUUCUAAGGCCAUGGGGAUCAUGAACGCUUUUGUAAACGACAUUUUCGAACGUAUCACUGGGGAAGCAUCUCAUCUGGCGCAUUACAACAAGCGUUCGACCGUCACUUCUCGGGAGAUCCAGACCACUGUGCGACUGGUUCUGCCAGGGGAGUUGGCCAAACACUCGGUGUCUGAGGGUACAAAGGCUGUUACCAAGUACACCAGCUCUAAGUAAAGAUCAACUUCCAAGUGCUGUCUAGACAGCUAUUUUUAAGAGCACUGGCCUGAUCUCUUUUUCUCUCCUCACCCCCA